AUGGCGGCUUCUUCAACGUCGUCGUCGUUUACGUCGUCAUUUUUCGCGCAAAACAGGAGCAGAGGAGGGAAAGGAAGCGCUUAUUUCAGGGAAAGCAUCGAAACUCGCACUUCUCAGACGACGACGACGACGAAGAAACAACAAAAGCGGAAAAAGAGGGUUGGGGUGGUUGUUCGGGCGGCGGCUGAAAAAGGUGCUUUUUUAUGCAAAAGAAGAAAAAACGCACCGCCAGCGAUGAUACUAAGAACUGAAACAAAUCACUUUAACAACCAAUACCGCGGGAGAGGCGCGUUGCAAAUCUUAUGUGCGAAGAAAGGAAAAGGACCGCGAAAUCUCCCGAUGGAUAGAGAAUACAUGUUCGACCCUCGAAUUCCUCGGUUGAAGAAAGGGCACAAAGUCCGAACGACGGAAGAUUUCGAGGAAAACCACAAGGCGUACUUCGACCAAGAACCCGGCGAAGUGCACGAGUUGAUGUCGUACGAAAGGCCGCAGAUGAUUUUUCCGGAGUUGCCGCCGAAAUUGACCGGCGGAGCCAGAGUGAUUCCGCCCAGGGUGUUUAGCAAGUGGUUAGACCCGUUCAUAAUGGAUUAUUGGACCGUGCCGAGGAUAUUGAAGGCGCAAAGGAUUUGGGAUUUCGAGAAGGAUUGUAAAGAGGUGGACGCGUUGUUGGAGAGGAUCGAUAUCACCAAGAGGCGAACGAAGAAGAAGAAUUACGAAUUGUACGCGCCGGAUUGGAUGAAGGAACAAGACACGAAACUGUUAGAUAUGUUGAAGAAAAAUAAAGGGUUCGAGAAGAUGUUGAAAUCGGAGAAGAGACGGUUGUUGGCGAAAUUUAGAGCGCAAGAGAGGACGUAUCCGGAACGGUUUCAAUCCGAAAUGAAAUGGGGGAAACGAUUGUGGAUGCGAAAGUUUCCGGAUUGGUUGGAUCAGGCGGAAAAACCGGAGUACAUCGAAGAGCUCAUCGAUUACUCGCAAUUGAUGAGAGAUUUGCAAAAUCAACGCAUCUCUAGGAUUAAAAUUUACGAGGAAGGCAAAGUGGCAAUUUGCGAGUACGAAGACGAGAAACACCGCUUAAAUUACGAUCGGGAAUCGUACGGGGUGAAGAAGUGUAAUUUGCCCGGCGACGCGUGGGACGAUUUAGUCAUUCGCUGCCAAAAAGCGUCCGUCACGCCUGAUUUCGUCGAUUUCGACGUUUGGGAGACGAAUCCGUCCAGUUGUCAGCUGUUCAUGCACCGCUCGCCGUUGUAUUUCGGAAGCUUGUUACAAACGACGUUACCGUGGUACGGAUCGAUGGCCUUUUUGACGGCGAUUGCGAUGUCGAGAAAGAAACCAGAACAUUGGGCGGUUUUUCAAGGGAACCCGGCUGGUAAAUCGGAAACGAAAAAGUACAAACCGCCGGAUUCUUUGAAGAAGGAUAAAAAGUCAAAGUUGGCGAGACAACUCGGCAUUUCCACAUACGUCUUAGACCAAAUCAUCUCCGGGAAAAAGACGUUGCAACAAGUUCAAAAAAUGAGUAAAGAGGAACAAAACGAAGAGUCAAAGAACCCGUUCGUGGCCAUGACUAAAUCAAAAGCGAAGAAAAUCUCCAGGCGCAUGUCCAAAGUGCGCUUUAACGACGUCGCCGGAUUGGACGAAGCCGUGCACGAGUUUCAAGAGGUUAUCGACAUCAUGAACGGCGAUCCGAGAUUUGAGGGCCAAAUCGUGGACCCACCGAAAGGUAUUUUGUUAGAAGGCCCACCAGGUACUGGGAAGACGCUGUUAGCUAAAGCUGUCGCGGGAGAGGCGAUGAUGCCGUUCUUUUACGCCAAUGGCUCGGAGUUUGUCGAGAUGUUUGUCGGCGUCGCGGCGAGCCGCGUGAGAGAUUUGUUCAAAAGAGCUCGAGACGUCGCGCCGGCGAUUAUUUUCAUCGACGAAUUAGACACUUUGGGAAAAUCGAGAGCGUUUUACGACAUGUCCGACCCAGCCUCGCAAGAACGCGCGCAAGGUUUGAUGCAAUUGUUGGUUGAAAUGGACGGUUUCGAUCCGAACCAAACGCCGAUUUUGAUCAUCGGCGCGACAAACUUGGCGUCGAAUUUAGACCCGGCGUUGUUGCGUUCUGGACGCUUCGAUCGCUCUUUUCGAGUCGGGAAUCCCAAACGGUCCGAAGAUCGCUUAAAGAUUCUCAAAGUGCACGCGAAAAAAUUGAACGUGAACCACGACAACGACGACGCAUUUUUGAAGAGAGUUUCGGAAAUCACUGAGGAUUAUUCCGGCGCCGAUUUAGCCAACUUGUUGAACGAAGGUGCUAUUUUAUCCGUUCGAAGAGAUAAAGAGUUCAUGGACAUAGAAGAUAUCGAAGCCGUGAUUGAAAAGCAAGUGGUUGGCUUAGUCGGCGCGCCGUUGCCGCACAGUUGGGGUAAAGAACACUUGGCGAUUUUAGAGGCAUCGAGAGCAGUGAUUUGCUCGAGUAGACCACAGUUAACUCCUGAGUUGAUUCAAGUCACGUUAAAACCGAGAGGUGAAGCGGUGUCAUCCUUGUUAUACGUCAACGAACCCGACCACGUGACGCAAGCGAAAUUGUACGCGCAAGGUCCGGAUACCAUCGAGUAUUACGUCGAGUGUGCGGCGUUGAUAAUUUGCGGUCGCGUCGCGGAGAGAGUGUUCUUCGGCGAAGACGACGUCUCGUUGGCGACCACACCAGAUGUCAUUUACGCGCAAGACUACAUCUCUCGAAUUGUCAACGAUACUGGCAUUACGUAUGUACGAGAUGGUAAAGUUCGCCCGCACUUUGACCCGGCCAUAACGGAAGGUUUUAGAUUGGACAAACUCUACGGCAAAGACGACCAACAAUUAAUGUUGAAAGCGGCGAUGAAACGAGCGGAACAGUUGGUCAGAGAGUACGCUCCGGUGAUUAAGCAAGUUGCCUCGGAGUUGUUGGUGGACGACAGAGUCUAUGGCACGCGCGUCAGAGAGUUGAUUGAGAAAUUCGACGGCAAACGAGACGAUGUUUCCGUUAUCCCGACGUUGGUCGACACGUACCCGGAGAGCAAAGUCCAAGAGGUGACAUUGGAAAAACCGGAGCCGUGGGUUAAAGAAGGCACGAAAACUCGAACGAAAAAAGAAGGCGAAGGCGAACCGAACUUGUUCGAUUUGGAAAUUGGCGCUCGACACUGGCUCAACGCCGCCACGGGUGGUUUCUACGAAAAAGAGGAGAACGUCGACAGCGCGUUUGAUGAGAGCAGAGAUUUCGUGACGACGUUUGAAACCCCCGAAAACAACUACCGCAAAAACUGGACGGCGUUUGAAAUCAAGCAUCAAUUGUAUACGGUUCCUACGAUUAAAGAGGUGAUGGCGUUUUGGGUGGACGAACUCAACGGCGUCCACGACGAUUGGCCGGACGAGUGGUUACCGAAAUGGUUGCAGCUGGACCUGGUGAAAUACGGCGGCGUCGGAAAACCGUUGGAGUGUUAUCGACAAAUGCAAAGAGACCGAAUCGCGCACGGUGGCGGCGAAGAAGGCUUUAAAGCUGUCAUGAAAAAGUACCAUGCCGGAGAGUACGAUAAGGAUUGGCGCGGUUUGUCCGAGAAGGAACAAACGAGAAAGAAGGAAAUCGAAGCCGUUGGGAUCAAAACGGACGAGAAGCCGUUCGGAAGUUGGCAACCGUUUGACGACGACAACAAUGCUUCGGGGAAACGACCGUUAUAUGCCCCGCCCGGGACGGGGAGGUUGAAUGAUCCGAAAGACGUGGGACCGGUUUCUGAUGAUGGAUAUAUGUCUCCUAGCGAAGAAAAAAAAGAAGAAGCUUCUUCUUCUGAUACUACUACUACAACUCCAACUAUUAUUCCAACUACGGCUAACGAAGGAGAAGAAGAAGAUUUCAUCAAGAAAGCGUGGCAGUCGCAGCUCGGGUCUAGUGAAGUUUCUCCUCGAGAAGAGAGAGGAACAAAUAGUAUGUCGUCGUCGCCUUUGGGUUCCGGCGUCACCGAACCGAGCGUUUCGAGAGAAGUUUCAACCGCUUGGCAAAAGCAAGGUUUCGAUUGCACGAAAAUCGAUCGCGUUUAG